AUGGCCAUCGAGGUGGUCAACCUCACCGAGGCGGAUAUCCCCGAAGCGAUCGAGGUGAUCCAGCGCGCGUUUGCCGACGAUCCAUAUUUUCAAUGGGUUUUCGAUCCAGCCAAGUUCAAUAAACAACGGAAUUAUGGUUCUCUUGAAGCACGAUGCCGCUGGGGUAUCCACAACGCCAUCUUCCAGGUCGCCAAAGAGAGCGAUGGAAACGACUCCCCCUCUCGCGUGCUCGGUGUUUCAUGCUGGCUCCCGCCUCACCCCGCUACAGAGCCCGAAAGCUGGUACAGCUGGGCGCAAAGCUGGCUGCUGUCGUUCCGGCAGUUCCUGAAUAAUGUGCGCCACAUGGGCCGGGGAGGGCUCAACACGCGCCGCUAUUGGAUCUGGAAGGAUCGUCAACGGGAGGCGCAGAGUCAGAUCUGGGACGAUCCGCGAGGGUACUAUUUCUGUAACAUUGUGGCGGUCAGUCCGGAGGCGCAGGGAAAGGGGAUCGGGAAGAAAUUGUUUCAGGCUGUCACUGAUCGAGCGGAUGAGGAAGGGGUAAAGUGUUAUCUGGAGAGCUCAAAAGAGGUGCCCAACGUGGAGAUCUAUCGGCGGAUGGGGUUCGAGAUGGCCAAGGCGAUGGAGUGCAGGGAUGGCAAGGAUGUGUGCAUGGUAUGUUUGUUUCCAGGAGGGCUGCUCAGAGUCUUGUUAUUAUCAUUAUUAACGUUUUCUUGUAGCUGCAUUGCAUGGUCCGAAAUCCAAAGUCCAAGCGUUAAGGAGAGGCAGGCGAGAUCUUAUUGCUGCGGUGCGGCAUUUACGGCAAAUGGCACGAUCGAGAUGCAGAGGGAUUAUCCUCGAAUUGAAUAUCGGCAGCCAAGGAGUAUGAUUAUGAACAAGGUUUGGGGCCAAUAA